AUGACUACCCCUCAUCCACUGGAGGGUCUCUUCAAGUACCUCCAAGCCAACUUUCUGGACAUUCUUGCCGGAUACGUCAAGGCAAGCGUCCCAGUGGUCCAUUUGGACCAACCCGCCUCUCCGGAGUGCCCUCGACCAACGUCUCCCACUCCAUCUGCCUUCUCAGAGAUGGAGGUAGUAUCUAACUCAGAGGAUGACGGUUUAGAACCCGUCAAAAGAUCUAAAAGAUCUGCCAAUCGUAAGGCAGCCCUGCGCAAGGCAUCCCCUCCUCCCAAGAGGCCGCAGAAAGCGAGAAGCAUAUCUCGCUCCCCUCUGCGGCCUUCUACCUCAGCUAAGCUGACACCCGCAACGGGCGUAGCUCUGAGCCAGCCGACCCAGGGUCCGGCUGGGCAGCCAGCAGCCAACUCAACGAGGGUAAAAAAAUAUUUAACCUCCGAUCCAUUGGACGCUUAUCAGGAGUGUCCGUGGAGGUCCCUCGCAACCGAGACGCCCCGGGACAGUGUCACCGCUGUCAAUUAUACGAGCACUCGGCUCGAAAUUGUCACGCCCGCCCCAGCGAAAACACCAGCUGCUCCAUCGACAGUCCCAAUCGCGGCACAACCCCCUAAGGGUAAUACCUGGGACAAGCCACUUUCAAUGGUGCAGAAGCCUGCACCCCCAACUGCGCCGGCUCCUAAGCCGCCGCAGGCCCCUAGGGUCCCUACCCCCGCUUCCACUGUACGUAAGGACAGCAUCGCGGAUGACCUUUAG